AUGGAUCUUCCUUCCAGCAACCACGAGAGCCGUGGGAUUGAGCCGCCUGCUUCUCCCCCCGAAACCGAGAUGACCAAUUCAACACCAAACACGGUGUUUUCACCGCCGUAUAGCCCCCAACAGAAAGUCCAGCAACUGAUGAAAGACACAAGAGUGGCGGCAAGGAAGAAGUUGAACCAGUUAACGCUGGAGGAGAAGGUCUCGCUGCUUACUGCCGCAGACUUCUGGAGAACUAAGUCCAUCCCUUCCAAGUCCAUCCCCGCCGUUAAAACAUCAGACGGUCCCAACGGUGCGCGCGGAGGCAUCUUCGUUGGUGGAACCAAGGCUGCUCUCUUCCCUUGCGGUGUCUCCCUUGCCGCAACAUGGAACAAGGAACUGUUAUACGAAGUUGGACAACACCUGGCGGACGAGGCCAAAGCGAGAUCCGCCAAUAUCCUCCUUGCGCCGACUGUCUGUAUGCAUCGUCAUCCCUUGGGAGGGCGCAACUUUGAGUCUUUCUCCGAAGACCCUCUUUUGACGGGAAAGCUGGCCGCUCAGUACAUUCGUGGGCUACAGGAAAAGGGGGUCGCGGCGACUAUCAAGCACUUCGUUGGCAAUGAGCAGGAGACACACAGACUCACAAUCGAUUCGCUCAUUCAAGAACGUCCGUUGCGUGAGAUCUACCUGCGGCCAUUUGAGAUCGCCGUGCGAGAAGCAAACCCCUGGGCAUUGAUGUCGUCCUACAACCUUGUCAACGGUGUGCAUGCGGAUAUGCACAACUUGACGUUAAGAGACAUCCUCCGGGGUGAAUGGGGCUACGACGGAACCGUUGUCUCUGACUGGGGCGGCACGAACUCCACGGCCGAGUCAAUCAUUGCUGGAUGCGACGUCGAAUUCCCUUACUCUCCAAAAUGGCGCUUUGACAAGGUGAUCAAGGCUUUGGAGGAGGGCGGUAUUACUCAGGAGGAAAUUGAUCGCGCAGCUGAGAACGUUCUCACACUCGUCGAGCGCUUGAAAGGCGACGACAUGUCAGAAGAGCAACCGGAGAGGGAAGACAACCGUGAAUCAACAAGAGAGUUGAUUCGUACUGCUGGCGCCGAGGGCUUGACGCUUCUCAAGAACGAAGGCGCAGUCCUCCCUCUGAACCCGAAAACGACCAAGGUCGCUGUUAUUGGGCCCAAUGCCAACCGCGCCAUCGCUGGCGGUGGCGGCAGUGCAAGUUUGAACCCUUACUACAGAACGAUCCCGCUCGAGAGCAUUCGCGCCGCAGCCGAGCAAGAGGUGACGUUUGCUCAAGGAUGCCACAUUUACAAGUGGCUCCCAGUGGCCUCUCCUUACUGCACUGAAAAGUCAGGCAAGCCCGGCGUCAGUAUUGACUGGUACUCCGGAGACAAGUUCGAAGGCGAGGUGGUCGUCGUGCAGAGACGAACAAACACUGAUCUCUUUCUCUGGGACUCGGCUCCUCUUAGCGAGAUCGGUCCCGAGUGGUCAGCGAUCGCCACGACCUACCUUACGCCAAAGACCACCGGCAAGCACACCGUCAGCUUCAUGAGUGUCGGCCCCGGCAAGCUGUACGUCAACGGAAAGCUGGCUCUGGAUCUAUGGGACUGGACCGAAGAGGGUGAGGCCAUGUUUGAUGGCUCCGUUGACUACCUGGUCGAGGUCGACAUGGAAGCUGGCAAGCCGGUGGAGCUCAAAGUAGAGAUGACCAACGAACUCAGACCGGUGGCCAAGCAGAAGCAGUUCGGCAUCACGCACAAGUACGGAGGCUGCCGAAUCGGGUUCAAGGAGGAGGACCAGGUCGACUUCCUUCAGGAAGCCGUCGAGGCUGCCAAGGCGGCUGAUGUGGCUGUUGUCAUUGUCGGUCUCGAUGCUGAGUGGGAGUCGGAGGGAUACGAUAGACAGACAAUGGACCUGCCGUCUGACGGCAGCCAGGACCGACUCAUUGAAGCUGUGGUGAAGGCGAAUCCCCGCACGGUCGUUAUCAACCAAUCGGGCACCCCCGUCACGAUGCCGUGGGUUGACCAGGUCCCGGCCAUCAUUCAGGGAUGGUACCAGGGGCAAGAGGCCGGAAACGCGCUCGCCGAUGUCUUGUUCGGGUUCAAGAACCCCAGCGGAAAGCUCCCGUCGACUUUCCCAAAACGCAUCCAAGACACGCCUGCUUACAACAACUGGCCUGGCGAGAAUCUGAAGGUAAACUACGGCGAGGGCCUAUACAUCGGGUACCGCCACUACGAGAGGGUCAACAUCGAGCCGCUGUUCCCCUUUGGACACGGCCUCUCCUAUACUACUUUCGAGUACGGACGUCCUUCGAUCAGCACCAAGACGCUCACGUCCCGGGGCACGAUUGAGGUGGUCUUCGCCAUCAGCAACAUCGGUUCGGUGGCUGGCUCCGAAGCCGUGCAGAUUUACGUGCGAGACGACAAAUCGAGGCUGCCCCGCCCGGAAAAGGAGCUUGUCGCCUUUGAGAAGGUGUUCUUGGAGGCCGGGGAGACGAAGCACCUCCACAUCCACCUCGACAAGUACGCCGUGGGCUACUAUGACACAUCGGUACCGGGUUGGAUUGCUGAGGAGGGCACCUUUAAGGUCCUCAUUGGCGCAUCCUCUGCAGACAUCAAGCACUCUGUUCAGUUUGACGUCAAGGAGUCUUUCAACUGGGUCUUUUAG